GGAGACGGUGCGGAGAGGGUGGCGGGCGGGAAGGGGAAAGGGGUGGCAGAUGUGGGCUUGAGAGGUCUCUGCCAGCCUGAAACUUUGCUCUGUUUAGCUGCUGAACGUUUGCUUUUCAAGCGAUUGCUUCUGAAAGGGAGCUGUGUUCCUGCAUCCUUGUAGAUUCCAGACCAAAAGUGAAAAAAUGGUUGACCUUACCCAGCUAAUGGAAAAUGAAGUAUUCAUGGCCUUUGCCUCCUAUGCAGCGAUCAUUCUUUUAAAAAUGAUGUUCAUGAGUUCUGCAACUGCAUUCUAUAGAAUGACAAGAAAGGUUUUUGCCAACCCAGAAGACUGUACAGGCUUUGGCAAGGGAGAAAUUGCCAAGAAGUAUCUUCGGACAGAUGACAGAGUGGAACGUAUACGAAGAGCCCACCUGAAUGACAUUGAAAAUAUCGUGCCAUUUCUUGGUAUUGGCAUUCUGUAUACCUUGAGUGGUCCAGAUGUCUCUACAGCCGUCACGCACUUCAGAAUCUUUCUUGGAGCACGGAUCUACCAUACGAUUGCAUAUUUGACACCCCUUCCCCAGCCGAAUCGUGCUUUGGCUUUUUUGGUCGGAUAUGGAGUUACUUUGUCAAUGGCUUACAGGUUGCUGAAGAAGAUAUUGUACCUGUAAGGGAUAAUCAUGCAACUCAUCAUCCAAUUAUCUUCCAAGAAUUCUGUACUUCCAAUUUCUAAGGAAUACUUCUUUAGACUUUAACUGGGAGGGGAACAGAGAAAUAAAGAAUUGGGGAAAACCUAUUUUGAAUAUUAAUAUUACCAGUAUCCUUUAUUCUUGUUUGAUAUUUACACUAGAAAUCUAACGUAAUUCUUCAGUCUUUUGUCUUAUUCUUAAAGUACUGUGUUGUAAAUUUUGAUUAUAAUUUGCAACAUUCAUUCAGCCUUUCAUAUUUUAAAUCCAUAAAAAGAGUGAUUGUGUAUAUGAUAAACCUAUAUUUCAGUCUUGCUGAAAUGGGCAUAUGAAAUAAAGAAUUUAAAGAAUA